AUGUUCCCUGAAUCUCUGCUGUUGGUGCUGGCAGCUGUAUCCUGUGUGUUCUGUCAGACUGAACUAACACAGCCAGGCUCUAUGAUCCUGCAGCCUGGACAGCCUCUGACCCUCUCGUGUAAAGUCUCUGGGUAUUCUUUAACCAGCACCAGCUACUCUUGGAUCAGACAGGCUCCUGGGAAAGGACUGGUGUGGGUGUCCUAUAUUUACAGUGGUAGUAGUUACAUCCACUAUUCCCAGUCUGUUCAGGGUCGGUUCACCAUCUCCAGAGACAAUAGCAAAGAGCAGGUGUAUCUCCAGUUGAAUAAUGUGAAGACUGAAGACUCUGCUGUUUAUUAUUGUGCACGGCAGCCACAACGCAGACACUGUGAUGCUUUUGACUACUGGGGAAAAGGGACACAAGUCACCGUCUCAACAGCAGCCACAGCCACCCCUACUCUAUUCCCUCUUAUGAACUGUGGAACCGCUUCUAACAAUGUCUACAGCAUCGGUUGUCUCGCUACCGGCUUUUCACCUUCCUCACUCACAUUCAAGUGGAAAGAUGCCAGCGGGAGUCCGCUGACGGACUUCGUCCAGUACCCGGCAGUCCAGAGUGGGGGAGCCUACACAGGAGUCAGUCAGCUCCGUGUGGCUGAGAACGUCUGGGGAAACUCAAAGUCUUUCAUUUGUUCUGUGGAACAUCUUGGAAAGGAAACGACAGCAGUCAUCAAUAGACCAGUCCUAAAGUCUCCAACAGUGUCUUUGCUGUCGGGGCCCAUUGGCACCACCCAGUACCUGAUGUGUAUGAUUGAAGAUUUCACCCCCAAUAAAGUCACUGUCACCUGGAAGAAGAAUGACAUGGAGGUGGAGGGCCAAAUCACUACUGUAGGCAAACAGCUGUCAGGCCUCUACUCAGGCAGCAGUCUGCUGAAGGUCAACAACACUGACUGGAACAACAAGGUCAAGUACAGCUGUGUGGUGCAGCACCAGGGACCACCCACCAUCAAGACAAUCUCCAAAACAGAACCACUGACGGUGACUCUGAACCCACCAAGUGUGAAAAAGGUGUUCUUGGACAACCAAGCAGUGCUGGACUGUGUCAUCAGUGGUACAGACCAGGACACAGUGUCUGGUACCACUAUCACCUGGCAGUUCAAUGGACAGGACAAGAUGGAUGGCAUCGAUCUGAAAGAUAUUGAAUCAAAGGGCAACCUGAACAGCAGGGUCAGUACUCUGACCAUAGACCAGAAGGACUGGACCAAUGUGAACAAAGUCCAGUGUUCUGCCAUGAAGAGUGGUGAAGACAAACCGGUCAUUCAGGACAUCAGCUUCACCAAAGGAAGUGAAGCCCCUUCAGUGUCCGUCCACCUUCUCCCGGAGGAAGACACCAGGAAGGAGAAGACUGUGACUCUGGUGUGCCUGGUGGUCAUCCCGUCUCUCUAUGACGUCUACAUCAUGUGGCAGGUGAACAGCAGCCAGUACCAGGAGGGGGUCACCAGCCCUCCUCAGAAAACCCAGAAAGGCGACUACUUCGUCACCAGCGUCUUCACCACCACUAAGAAGGAGUGGGAGGGAAACUCGGUUUUCACAUGCGCCGUCAAAGACCUCAGCUCGGACAACAAUACCACACCUCAGGGGAGGAGUGUGUCAAAGUCCUUGGGUAACUCAUGUGAAGACAAGUGAUAUUAAUCUGUGUGUGUUGUGUCGUUGUGUCUCCUUAUUGACUCCUCUGUGGGUCAGAAUAGCCAAUUACUAGGCGUGUCCCCUGUUGUUUGAUGUCAUUGUUGUUGUCCUUGAGUUAAAGUUAACAUGUUAGUGUUGUCAUUGUUUUGUUGACUGUAAACAUAUUGUCUAAUGUGAUAUUGUCCAGUCUACUGUUUUGUAAAAUGUCAGUCCUAUUGCACAGUCUUGUGUUGCCAUUGUUGUCCUUUGUCAUUGUUCAAUGUGUCUUCCUAAUGUGGAGGCUGGCUAAUAAACAAUACAGCAUAUGAGA